AAAUACUCUCCGGGUACUCAGGGCUCUCGUUCUCACACUCUUCUGCAUAAAAUUUCAAGUUUUCUGAUCUUUUAAAGUAUGUAUUUAUAUUUAUUAGCAGUUAAGAUGCCGAUACCAGUGUACAGUGUGGAGUUGGAACUGGGGGAACCUCCGCCACAGCUUCUGGAGUAUGCACACAAGCACUGCGGCGAGGAGCCUGGUACUCGUCUGCAGGCGGUGUCCGAGCUGAGAGACCUAAUAUAUGAGCGCGGUGAAUGUACCCCUCAUCGAAUGGAUGACGAAUUCUUGAUAAGAUUCCUGCGUGCACGCAAUUUCAUACCACAACGGGCACAUCGGCUGAUGGUUAACUAUUAUCAAUUCAAGGAAGAGAAUUCUGAGCUCUUCGAAAAUGUAUACCCGUUGGAUUUGCGGACGAUCGGCGACGCCAAUGUCAUCGCUGUGCCGCCGUAUCGGGAUCAAGAUGGACGUCGGAUUAUAUUAUUCAGGAUCGGUUGUUGGGAUCCAAAAUCUAUACCGGUAGAAGACCUAUUUAAAGGUACUAUCAUGGCACUGGAGUUGGGCUUGGUGGAGCAACGAACACAGAUCAUGGGUGGAAUAGCGAUAUUUGACCUAGAAGAUCUUGGUACGCAACAUGCUUGGCAAACUACACCCACAGUCGCGGCUAGGAUGGUGAAAUUAUUGGUGUCCUCUUUUCCGGCCAUCACACAUGCUAUCCACAUCAUCAACCACUCCUGGCUCUUUGAUAAGCUGUACAGUAUCUUCAAGCCGUUGCUAAGUGCCGAUAUGCAGUCCAAGAUUUACUUUCAUGGAUACGACAGCACAUCUCUACACAAACAUAUACAUCCAGAUCAUUUACCUGAGAGGUACGGAGGCAUCUGGCCAGAUUAUUCUUACACGAUAUGGUUGGAAUCCUUAAGAAAAAACUUUCGAGUGGCUAAGGAACUUUUAUCCAGCGGAUACAAGUUCCGCGAAGAUGAAAUAUGCCCUGAAGUAGUGAGAAAAUUAAAAGAAGAAGGCAUUAGACUUUCAUGAAAUUACUAAACUAAGAAUUAGAAUUGCUACUAAGCUAGAAUAAUUAAAUAAUUCGAAACUUUUGAAUAUUUGUACUAAAAGAUGGUCAUAUGAAAUAAACUGUUUCAAAUAGGAGGAUGGGAAAAAUAAUACAUGAUACUUAAUAAAAAUAAAAAAAACAUCAUUAAAAAGGGAAAUCUAUUUCAUUACUUCUAAGUGCUCAAUUUUAUGGCAACGACAAAUUUACAACUUUCUAUUUGAAACAGACUACAUUAUCUUCUAAGUCUUAUUUUUACAUUUAAUUAUGAGUCACUCAUAACCUUAAUAAUUGAUAAAGAAGUGAACAAUAUUUAUAUCAGUAAAGUUAAGCUAGUUCUAAUUAGUUUAUAAAUAAUUCGUCAAAAACCUGUGAUAACAAAAUUAAAUUCGUUUAAACGAAUAAAAAAUGUAGUUGCUAAAGUAUAAUUUUAGCAUUCGUAAUAAUAAUUUACCAACUCUAUUGUGAUUUCUAUUGAUAUUGACAAUAAAUAUGGAUAUUAUUGCACCAGACUCUUGGUUUUGAUAG